CGCGUCCCAUUAGUACUGAUCGGUAUUUCUCCCACAGUGGUUGUCAUAAAACUUGCAGUUCGCGAAUUCGUUUAUUCUCUAAAGUGCUAAACAAAAAGUUUAAAUCUGAAUAUGGCUCAUAAUAAGCAUCCCUAUGAUGGCGUGCAAAUUCCAUUGGCUGAUGAGAUGAGCAAUGCAUCGGCACCGCCACCGGCUUAUAUGCAAACUGCUAACGUCACGUCGGUGCAACCGGUUAGCAGCGGUGCACAGAUAACCGCUGAGUCUCAAAUGCCCACUUUCUCAACGAUUGGCAUGAAUCCAAAUCCACCGGUAGGUCCAGAAUCUACACAAGUACGCUGUCCACAAUGUAAAUGUACGGUGAAGACGACAGUUCGAUAUCGUUCGACCACAAAAACGCAUAUUGUCUGCAUAUUGCUUUCGUGGACUUGUUGUUGCUGUUGUUUGCCGUACUGCAUGAACAGUUGCCGCAAUGCGAAUCAUUUUUGCCCCAUGUGUGGCACAUUCAUAGGAACUUAUGAAUCUUAAGUGCACAAAGGGAGUGGAGAGAAGCUGCGCUUACCAGUAAAAUGGGUUAUCAAUAUGUACAAGUUUAUAUAAGUGCGACAUACAUAUGUAUGUAUGUAUGCACAUACAUAUUCAAAUAUAUUGAUAAACUAUUAUAUACUCAAAAUAUAA